CUAGGCAACAGCAACAAUCACACAUUACUCUCUCUCACACACACACACAUACACUCGUAGAUGUGCAUGCACACAUGUUGGAAUAAUGGUGUUCAUCGGGACUUCGCUCAAGUCUAUAAUUAAAUACUUCAAAAAGAAGGCUGUGUCUAAUCUGGACGAGGAGAGCAAGUGGACGGUGCACUACACAGCUCCGUGGCACCAGCAGGAGAAUGUGUUCGCACCAGUCUCCAGACCUGCCUGCGUGGAGGAGCUUCACCGACAGGCUAAGGUUAACCUCAAGACUGCCCUGCGAGAAUGUGAUAAGUUGAGGAAAGAUGGCUUCCGCAGCUCCCAGUACUACUCUCAGGGCCCCACCUUCUCAGGCUCCGCCCACUCGUACAGCAGCCAACAGGAUGAUGAGGACGCAGACGCCGAAGAUGCUGAUAAUAAGUCCAUUGCCUCCUCUGGAGAACAGGAGACACGCGCCCACCCAAUGAGGGCCCAGACUCCAGUGCAGAGGGAGGGGCCAGAGGUCGAUGGGCAAGAGCUGCGGUACAAGACCCUGCCUACCCCUGAGGAAAAGAUGAGGCAACAGGCUCAGGCCAUUGUGACUGACAUUGUCCCCAUCAACGUCACAGCGGCUAAAGGACGCGGAGGGGAGCUCCGACCACAGUCCAUGUUUAUUCCUGGACACUAUUCGACACUGGCACGUUCCAGCAGUGUGUGCUCCACACUCAUGCGCUCCGAGAAGAAGGAUUCCGGCUGCCAGACCGAGGAGGUAAAAAUUGUCCCGCCCUCCAUGCGGAGGAUCCGGGCACAGCGGGGCCAGGGGAUCGCUGCUCAGAUGGCGGGUAUCUCCACGUCUGCGACUAACGUAUCCACUGUGUCGGACGGCCCCUCCUCCGGCCCUCCGGUGCGCAUCAUGGCGCCGCACUGUAAUGGCGAGUUGCUGCGCUGCCACAGCCUGCCCCGCGGUGCACGCGUCUCUCUUAACGCAGCUCCGCCCUGCAGCAGCAGCCCGUCCGGGCCAGGCAACGGCUCAGCCACACCCCCUCGCCACAUCGGCAAGCUCCAGGCUGACGAGACCGUGGUCCACAUGAGGAAUACCCCCAGGACCAGCACGCCAGCUCGGCCCAAAUCCCAAGAGGUGAGGGGUUCUCGGGGGGAGUGGGGCUCCAUCUCUGGCCCUGCCUGCGUGGUUUCUCCUCACGCACCCUACUCCACGUCACUCAUCCCCAACGCCACCCUGUCGUGUUCAUCUGAGGUCAUUGCCCUCCAUGCCGCACCCAUCCCGAACCACCAACCACACGCGGAACCUCUUACCAUGGCCUCGACCCACAACGGGGUGAGCUCGCCCAGCACGACAGCCGGUGCUGACACGCCAGAGGCGGACACACAGAGGGCCAGUCAGUCCGACAGUAGUUUGACCAGCCACAGCACCGUCGCGGCUGGGACGGCCUCAUCAGACGAGCAGUGGAUUUACGACACCCCCGAGAACGUGCCGUCCAGAAGGACGCUGACCUCCAACUGCUCCACCCCCAUUGCUCAACUAUAUAACAGUCUGGAGCACUCCUCUAAAGGCACCGACUCCAGCUCCCUCUACUCAAUGGACAACGACGGCUACUACACUUCUAUGCACCUGGACUCUGGCCUGACUGCCAAGAGUCACAGCGUGGCAGGCAGGCCAACCAGGCACAGCAUGUACGAGUGCAUGAGCCAGCUGGGAGACCGUGCUUCCUGGUACAGUGACCGCUCGCUGUCCCGUUCCAUCUCCCUUCGGAAGUGUAAAAAGCCGCCCCUCCCGCCAGCGCGGACAGAUUCGCUUCGGCGAAAGCCCAAGCACGUCAGCCACGCUAACAGUGCAGUGGAUGCUAGCAGUGGGUCAGUACUUAAUGAGUCACUGAUCGCUACCUUACAGCAGUCCCUCCAGAAUGGGCUGAAAGGGAAAGGGUCGUCCACCUCACCGUCUCAUAGCCCUUGCAGCGACUAUGAGGAGCCCUGGCUGCUGCGUUCGAGAAGCCAGAGUAGCGUAAGCGCCGGGAGCAGCGGGGUGUCGGCUGCAGGGGUUGCUAAUGUCUAUUCCAUCUGUCAUGUCACACCGUCACAGAGUGACACCAGCAGCCUGCGUUCAGACUACGCAGAGUCCUGGGGCUAUUAUGUGGAUUACCCUCGUCCGCAUAGUGAGCAGACAGUGUCAUCUCCUCAUACGAACACUUUGUCUAGUGGAGGGCAACCGGGCAGCAUGGCAAAUGGACAGGGUAUCCAGGCAACUGUCGCUCCUGCCCAGGGUGAUGUGUCAGCAAAGCCUCAGGCAAACACCUCCUCACCUGACAGGUUGCAUCGGUUGACCUCCCCUUCGAGUGGAUAUUCAAGUCAGUCCAACACUCCAACUGCUGGUACCCCUGUCCCCUCCUUCAUGAGGUCCAUGUCACCCUCCGGCUGCAAGCCCAAGCCCCGUGUGCCUGAGAGGAAGUCGUCUCUGCUGUCUUCUGUGUCCAUCUCCUCCUCUUCCACGUCGCUGUCCUCCAACACCUCAGAUUCGACCAGAAACAGCAUUCCCCCUCCACCUCCACCACUACCACCUUCCUUGACAUCUGCACCUCUUCCACUUUCCAGCCCGGCAUGCACCAUAUCCCAAACCUUCCCACCCCCACCUUCUUCUGCAUUGCUCUCCACCCCCAUGCAGGAGGCAUCCAUAAAUUUGCUAUCCUCAAACUCAUCUCCUGAGUUUCCACCACCCCCUCCACCAGAGAUGUUGAAUGAUCACAGCAUGUCACUUAAUGGCUCUUUUAGCCCCACUCUUCAUCACCACCUCCCCCUCCCCCUCCCCCCCCCCCCUCCUCCUCCUCCUCAUUGCCCUCCCAUUGGCUGUGCUUAUGCUCCUCCCACAGCUCCAUCCCUACCCACCAUGACACCAGCUAUUCCUUCCCCUGCACACUUAGUGGGAAUAAAAGAUAGGCUCAAGCCAUUGAGCUCAGUGAGAAGGUCAUCCUCCAUUCACUCUGAGGAGUCUGGCAGGUCUGCCAUGCCAGUAAUCACUCCCUUUGCCCUCCAGAGUGUGCAGCUCCGAUCAGUCAAACGCCCAGAGAACAGUGGGGUGGACAGUUCCAAAUUUCAGGAAACAGGAACUAACCAAAUGACAACUAAGCCCUGGACACCAGAGAAGUUAAAAAAAAUAGAACAUCUGACUGUUUUGCCUCUGGCAUCUCACUCAGCUCCAGAUAAGUAUGGACCACCAAGUCCUUCAUCCCCUCAGAAGAAGCUUCCUGCACAUAGCAGCUUUGCUGCAAUGCCACUUCAUGAGGUAAAACCUGUGAAAGAAUUGCCCUCUGAACAGACUUGUGGCCUUUUGGGUGAUUCUAUAGACCUUAACAACGUUGUACCUAAGGAUGAAGUGGAUGGACUGGAGAGAGGCCUGUCGCCACAAAACACCACACCCAAGAAAAAACCUCCUGCGGUCUCCAAGAAGCCCAAAUUUCAUAUCAGCAUCUCAGCUUCAACACCUGAGCAUGUGCAGGAGGUGGAGGAAUGGACUCGGGCCAGUGAGAAAGAUGCUGCUGAGCAUCAAGGGCUUCACGAAGACGUGACUGUUGGCUCCAGUAGCACAGAAGCUCAGGAAUCCCUCUCUGUGGAGGAGCAGGAGAAAGAGAAUGAUGAAAGCACCACUAACAGUUCAUCGUCUGGUGAGAUGAGCGAAUCUGAAAGUAGCAUGCCUCCAACUCCUAGUCAGGCGGAGGAACCUUCCCAGACUGACAUCAUCCAGGAGGCAGGUGCUGGUGAGUUUAAGGACACUUCAGAGGGAGAAGAGGAGGAAGAGGAGUAUGGAGAAGAUGAAGAUGGGGUGGGCAGCACUACAGGAUCUGUCAGCUCUAAAGAUGAUGAAAAUGGUGAGGUGUUCGAGCCCAGCACGGCAGGAUCCUCGCCGGCGCCCGGCGUCAACAGCAACGCCUUUAAGGACAUGGUGACGCCCACACGGCCCCGCACCACCGAGGACCUCUUCGCAGCCAUUCACAGAUCUAAGCGGAAGGUUCUGGGACGAAGAGAGUCUGAGGAGGACCGGUCACGAGGCCACGCCUCCUCUCCCCCAACCACACCCACAGAGUUGGGCCCGGCACUCAGCUCCUCCCUGCCCCGGCAGACGGGCUCCAUCCAGCGCAGCCUGCGCAAGACAGCCACCAGCAGCGACACCUUUAAGGCCCUGUUGCUGAAGAAGGGCAGCCGUUCAGAGACCAGCUUCCGCAUGUCGGCCACCGAGAUGCUGCGUUCCACUGACCCGCGCUCCCAGAGGGCUCGCUCCCUCGAUUCCACGCUGGACCUGGCCUCACCAACAGGGGCCCCCGACAGCCCCUGUGCUUCCCCCAGCCGCAGCAAAAGAGCACCGGAGGACUGGGCACGGAGCGAGGGUGUGCUCCCACGAUACUCUCUGGGCACCCCGCCAUCAAUGUCCCCUUCCUCUCUGAUGGGGCCCAAGUACGGCCGGUCACGCACGCCUCCUUCUGCUGCCAGCAGCAAGUAUAACGCCCGCAGCCGAAUCCUCAGCAGCCCCAUGACCGUCAUCUGUGAAAGGGAGGGGGAGCUGGCUGAGAGUGGGGAGGGCUGGGAUGAGCCACGCCCUGUUUCUCCAGCAGCCACGCCCCUUGUGGUCCCUCAGGACUCCAGCAGCACUUUAAGUGAAGAGGAGAGCAGUUAGGGGUUCAAAAGACUUUUCCUCAGAUGAGGGGAUGAGCUUGUCUCCGUCCUGGCAGUAGCAAAGACUGGGCCAGUAGACGCAGACACCAGGGGUGUGGGGUUCCAGGCCACUCUCCAGGCUCUGUGCAGGACUGGACGAAUCUGGCCGUGCGGAAGAAGACGAGUGCAAGACCACAAGGUGCCUCCUUAACACUAAUCAAAUUUCUGUUGCAGCAGCUCUUCAUAAAGUCAGACACAAAAACAACAGAAAGAAAUGGAAUCAUCUCAUUUGAACUAUUUUUGUGGUUGUUUGUUAGGGAAGGUAUGUUUUCAUUUUUGGUAGUACAUUCAUUUCCGCAAGCUUAUCCAUUGUACUCCUGUUUUCUUCUGUCUAUUUUUACUGUUUAUUUUCUGUUAUCAUUCAUUUCCAGUCUAAUGGAUUUCAGGAAUAACUGUACAUUGGGAAGAUGGGUUAAUAAGGACUGAUACACAAGCAGUAUGUAUUAGCAGGAGAAACUGCUAAGUGAUCCAUUUUGGCUGCUGGAGUGGUACUAGUGGGUGGAUGAGAUUCAUUUUGUGGAAGGCUCAAAGUGCUGUAGAGGGUCUCCUGGCCACUGUUCGCAGUCCAGUCCCUUAGAAGCCACGACCACCUCCUGCUUCGCGGAGGUCCACGGAAGCACGGUCAUGUGCUCCAUCACAGUUUCUUACUCUCUCUUCCUCCUUGUGGUUAAGAUGGGCACGCACACCCGUCCUGAGCAUGUGGGCGAGGCAUGAGAAUAGAUGUGGAGCCCACAUAAGAGGACUGUUGGAGUAGCACAACGGAGACGCUGACUUAUUGAUAAGAUGCUUUGUUUUGAUUUUUAGCAUGUAGCGUUUGCACUGUGUAUGUCUGUUUGUCUGUUUGAUCAUUUAAAAAGAAUUAUGCCUGUAUUGAUUGUAACCCAUUUACAUGGCAAAGAAACAGUAACAUUUUACAUUAAAAAAAGAGAAAACUUGCUUAAAACAAAUAAUAAACCUGCUUUGUUUGAAAUGGUUUGGGUAACCAAAGAGCUAAACAGUAAAUAACGUAGCCAGCUGUCGCUGUCGUACUUCUAGAUUCUGGAUAAGUGACGGCAUUUAUCUGGAGUUCUAAGGGUUUGCUGUUUUUCAGCCCAGACCUUAUAAAGGUGGUUGUUUCCCAUCAAUGGUAAGUGUUCAUAACCUCACCAGUAGCAUUAGUUAUUCACCACUCCAUGGACUCUUCACACUGGGCUUAAACACAGUUUAGUGGGCUCAUCGUUUAAGCCCUGAGAAACCCAGGUAAAAGGGAAGCACGCACUGUUGUGCACUCAGUAGCAUGCAUCUCACCCUAGCUUAGCGACUUACCACUGCUUUCUUCUGGCUGAUGUGUUUGUCUUGUCUUCAGUCUCCAGUCUAAUGGAACAAGGGCAGAUUGUAAAGGUGGCUUAACGAGAACUGAUUUACUAAUACCAUGUAGCAGGCAUUGCUUAGUUACUCCUGGUUUGGGCUACAGUGGGUGAUGAAGACAGCAUAAUCAUUCUACUGGCGGAAAGGUGCAAAGCAUGCUUUCUGUCAGGUUUGAUUGACUUUGUGUGGUUUAUAGAUGGUUCAAUUGUACAGCAGCAAUAGAAACUAUGAGGCCUACUGCUAUUGAAAAUGUUCUGAGUAGACAUUAAAUACAUGAAGAUGAGUGACUAUACUGUGAGUUUCACCUUUUGAAAAAGUUUUUGAAGACCUGAAUGAUCAUCCCCCUGGACUGUGGAAACGCAAUGAGAAGCAGUUGUAGAUGAGUGGUUCGUUUCUCAAAACAUUGGCUUUGGGUCGCAUUAUGAUAUGCAUCAUUAUAAAUCAUUAGGAAACAAUUUUAAUAAGGUAUGGACUGAAAAUACCAAACCCGUCUUUUAUGGGUUUGGUUAAGAAUAGCUUUUACUUAAAGGCUUAAUUACUAACUCUUGUCUUGUGACCUUUCCACAGAAAAGACUCUUCUUGUGAAGUUUUAUAUUGUUUUUUUAUGUAUAUACAUACAAAAAUGAUUAAGAAAUAACAUCUGGACUUAUUUUCAAAGAAUUUGUACAUUUUAGAAGCCCUUGUUAGAGGGGAGUGGCUUACCUUUGUAGAGUAUUUAUUUUAGAAUCGCUAGAAUGUGAUUUCAGAUAGUUGACAGGGAUUUAAAUGGGAGAUAUAUGUCUCAAUUUAUAUUGGUUAGAGGGGGAAGCUGCAUCACAUUACCUUCCAACCCUCAUCAAUAAAAGUCUGGCUUUGAGAUUUUCUUUUCCCAUAGCAGGAUGUUUAUGAAGUCUCACUACCAUAUUGUUGACAGAGUUACAGAGUUAGAAUGGGUAACCAAAAUCAAGGAAAACGUGAGAUGGAGGAAGAUCUCGAUACGGAUGACUGCUAACCCUCUUGUAUAUGUCUCUGUAAUAAAACUUCGUGAUGUUUAAAAAUG